GCAACAAGGAGUGUUCACAUAAUGAAGCUGCUUCCCGAGCUACUGUCUUAAUCAUUCGGCAGUCACAACACAGGGAGGACAUACCCUCCCGCUGCAUUUACCUGCUCUGUAGGGUGACGGAAUACAAAGACCCCGAGUCACAGUGUAAACAGAGGCGAUGGGAGACCUAGCAGAGGAGAUGAAAGAACCAGCUGGAUCAGUCAAGGAACCUAUAGGAUCGAUGAGGGAUCCUGCAAAUAAGAGCCACGUCACCUAUCAAGUAAUGGCCGCGGGCGCAGUAGGCAUGGGGUCGCUGGUGUCGUUUACGGCUAUGAGUUACACCUCCCCGGCCCUGCCUUCCAUGCGUGCUGACCCUCACUUCUCCAUCACCAAGGAACAGGAGUCAUGGGUGGGGGCGGCGAUGCCGGCGUGUGCUCUGGUGGGGAGUUUGGCCACAGGGACGUUGGUUGACCGCCUUGGCCGCCGCGCCACCCUCCUCCACCUCACCUGGCCACUGGUGAUAUCGUGGGUGAUGAUAGCGACGUCUGAGGGUGUAGGCGGGGUAGUGGUAGGCCGCAUGGUGGGUGGGGUGUGUGUGGGCGCGCAGACGGCUGCCAGACUUGUCUUCAUGUCCGAGACCGUCCAGCUGAACCUCAGAGACGUCUUGGCAGCAAUACCCGCACUAUCUGCUAACUUAGGUCUGCUGGUGAGCUUCACGGCGGGAGAGUUCUUGUCGUGGCGUGGGCUGGCGUGGCUGGGCGCCGCCUUGAGUCUUCCAGUGGUUCUACUCCUUCUGCCCCUCCCGGAGACCCCCAGCCACCUCACCCGUAUAGGUAAGAAAGAGGCAUCGCUGGCUGCACUGCGUCAGCUGCGAUGCACACCUCAGGACGCCGAGCAAGAACAGCAGCAGAUCAGCAACAGCUUUAGCAGUAGAGAAAAUAAUUCACAUGUCAGCGUGUGGGAGCUUGUGCAGCCACCCAACCUGUGGCCGGUGAGUGUGGCGGCCAGCCUCAUGCUGGCCCAACAAGCCACAGGUUUCACUGCUAUAGUCUCCUUCACCUCUACCAUCUUGGAUACUGGCAAGGAAGGCACGUCGAACAGCUCCUCGACAUUUCUCUUGGGUGUGGUCAAUGUCUUGGGCACCUUCGUCACUUUGUUUCUAUUAGCCAGGAUUAAACGGCGUUACCUUCUCUUUGUGUCAACAGUAAUGAUUGUAGCUUCCCUCCUUACACUGUCACUCUUCUUCUGGGCAAAGGAAGCAGGAGGUUACAUCUCCAUCAUGGCCAAGACUCUGUACCUAGUGCCAACACUGGCACUGGUGGCCUACAUGUUUGCCUCUUCUCUAGGCUGGCGCAUUAUACCCUGGGUGUUCCUUGGAGAGGGUAUGCCCAGCCGAGUGCGAAGUAAUGGUGUGGCCAUGGCCGUAGCUGUUCACUGGGCUUCGUCAUUCCUGAUCACCAAGACAUUUGGGUGGUGUAUGUCGUCCCUGGGAGCUCACAACACAUUUCUGGGCUACGCUGUGCUGACAAGUGUGAGCUACUUACUUCUUCACAGAAAUAUGCCAGAGACCUUCCACCUUUCACCAGCCCAGAUGGACGAAAUCUACAAUAAGGCAGCAAAUAAGAAACAAGAAUAGUUUUAUUACUAGUAUAUACAUUCUAUCAAUAACUUUUAGCAAAACUUUAUCAAUAGUGUAUUCUUAAAUUAUUCUUUACUAAUUGUAUUUAGUAGACUUCAAUGUAUAUGUGACGAUUAACAAGCAACGUUCAGGUUUCCUUGAUAGUAGUACAGGAUUUCGAGAUGAUGAUCCAGGUUUUUGUGGGUAUAUGUGGUGCAGAAGAUUAUGCUGUACACUACUUAUUUUUUUGUUCGAGUGUACGUCUUCAAAGGUAUGCGCUUGGCUUGGGAGUUAAUUUCAAUAGGACCAAUGGAUGGAUAAACAGCAACAUACUGUAUUUAUUUGUUGACGUUAAGACAAUGUCGCUUAUCAUCAUCAGACUUCAGAUACACGAAGUAAGAUGCAGUGGUACCGGCAUUCAAAUAUGUAUAAAACAAAUAUAAGUCUAUUGCAGCAUUAAAA